CAAGGAUCAUGGGAAGUAUCUUAUCUUAAUCAAUUGAAAGAGCUGCUAAAUUAUUGUUUUAAAUCUUAUCAUAUUUUUGAAAUUCAAAACAACUUAGCGGAGGGGCCAUUGAUAAUUUCCUUUAUGUCUUCUUCAUAAAGAUAAAGGUAUCAGAAAGCGAUAUGUGGUUGACGAGGACAGAGUACGGCAUAAAGGCACUGUUACUACUACUUUGCUUUGGCCUACAGAACACGCUCUUGGACGCCAAAGCUAUCAAGAAAUCCAAACAUGCCAUCCAUAAAAGCGCGAGCAAGAAACACGACGCUCCGAAAGGAAGCUUCUGCGUCAACCACUCAUAUUGUGUCAAGUAUAGCGAUUUGGACUGCGCUUCUGAAUGGGUUGAACUGAAUUGCCCCAGGAUGUGCAGGCUCUGUGAAUAUGAAGGCUCUGAUAUCAUGAAGCUUCCAGCAGUCUUGUACUACAAGAAGGGAAACAAGAAGCAUGGAAUCACCAAGAAGGGAGACAAGAAGCAUAUUGUUACUUCCAAGAAACACCGGAAACACAAAAUUGAACACGCUUCCAAGGUCAUCGAUAAGCGCGACAAUGAUGAUGGCGGCAGACGUGACGUAGUGUUCCUCAAUCGUCCAUCCGACUACUCGCCAACCAAGCCUCCAUCUAAUCCCCCGACCACCAGCUACUCUCUCUUUGACUACAAAAGUAAUUACAGGAACUGGCUUUUCCUGUACCCUGACCAGCAUCCUGUCAAUAUGCAAUAUGUUGACCAGGGAAAAGCUGCGGACCCUAAUCAGCAAAAUGGUGCUCAGCAGCAGGCUGCCGCUACCCAGGAUGCUUCUGCGGCUGCUGCAGCUCCAGCAACUGGUACUGCUGAACCCGCAGUAGGUACUUCGGCUCCUACUGCUCCUGCAGCACCAGCUGCAGCAUCCGCCGUUCCCGGUUCUGCACCCGCGGUUGCACCUGCAGUUCCCGCUGCGGGUCAAACAGCUGCGCCUGCAGAGGCUGCUCCUGCUGUCGCCGCCGCUCCUUCUGUGGCUGCUGCCACUAACCCAGUCGCUCCUCAGGUGGGGCAGGCGGCUACUGCUGCUCAGCAACCUGCCGCACCGGUUGCAGCCCAGCAACCUGCCGCACCAGUCGCAGCUCAGCAACCUGCCGAACCAGCUGUAGCUCAGCAACCUGCCGCACCAGUUGCCGCUCAGCAACCUGCCGCACCAGUUGCAGCUCAGCAACCUGCCGCACCAGUUGCAGCUCAGCAACCCGCCGCACCAGUUGCCGCUCAGCAGCCUGCCGCGAACCAAACUAUCCAGUUGAUCAAUCAGACAGUGUCCCCAGCAGUUAAUACCACCUUUGAACCCAGUGUGGCUAAUGUGAGCCAAGCAAAUGAGACCAUCAUGGUUGGAGGAAUGCCUGUUGGAAACAAUACCUCAAACCAGACUGUCGCAGCGGGUAACAUCACUUCACAAAAUCAAUCUCAGUCAUUGGUAGAGACACUGCCACAGAACUCGUCACUAUCGCAGAAUUCAUCUCUGUCACAGAACUCGUCUCUUUCACAGAACUCUUCUCUGUCACAGAACGCAUCUCUGUCACAGAACUCGUCUCUGUCACAGAAUUCAUCAUUGCAAAAUCAGACAGAAACACCAGCACUCCUACACAAUGAAUCCAGUUCACAAACCACAUCAACUGCAAAUGCACUUGGCACCUCAGAGCCCCGCAAGGAUGAAACAUCUCAUAGUGAAUCACUCGAAUCAUCUUCGAGCUCUUCAUCAGUGCAAUCAUUGCACGUGUCAGAACAAGAGGUAACAUCUCAGCACAAUCUUCAUCUUUUCAAUUCGGAUGAAUCGAGUAAGAUGCAGGGACAUUUUAACCCUAACGGUGCGAGUGUGGCUUUGUCCGGUCCAGGUACCAUGGAUCUGACAACCACAGGUCAGUCCUUUACUCAAGAUGUCACAAUAGAUCCACAAGCAGGAUCGGAUGAUCAGUCUGAUUACAGCUGGACAUGUUGCAAGAAACAACCAAGGCCAAAGGAUUGCAAAAAAUGCCCCGACCUACCAAAAGCGCCACCACUGCAAUAUGUGUUCAACGUCUACUGUGAUGACCUAUACAAAGAUUGUGCUUACGGAUACUCUAACUGUAACGACACCUGGUGGCAGAUUCAUUGCCCUAAGAGAUGCAACCUCUGCAAGGCCCAAGAUCAGCAGAAUACAACGGCGACACAGACCCAGGAGAUUUACCCGAACGAGGUGAAGAGCCUUUCAGAAACUUCAAAGAUAGAGUCUGAUCUGGUGGCACCUGCCCCAGGAAGGAAACCACUGGUAGCCAAAUACACUCUUCGAGUGAAGCCCAAACUGUUGAAUGGGGUGCCACAGACACAGGAGAUCCGCAUCAUGCCACCAAACAAGGCUGGAACUGCCGGAUAUGUCAAACCACUGAUGGUACUCAAGCAAAAUAUCACCAAGCCUAUGAUUGAGAAUAUCGAGAUCGAUGUUCCUCAAAAGGGCGCGAAAUUUAGCUCCAAGCCGAGCGUGGAGGUUAUUGAAGGAGAUCACACAGAGAUGCUGAAAGUAAGCAAGGGACAGGCGAUUGUGGAAGACCCAGUACAGAAGUCCAAGACACAAUCUGAAGAAAUCAAAGAAGCUGAACCCGAACAAGACGCAUCCGCUCAAACCACCACUGAUCAAACCCAGUCCUCAUCCGCCACACAAUCAGCUGCCCAGACCACAGCUUCAUAUCAGCCAGAAACUCAGAGCCAGUCUCCACUGGACACUCAGGUCGCACAAACCACUGUUCCAGCAACGCAGUCCGCUGCUCCCGUUGCUCAGCCUGUAGCUUCAGCAACCCAAACUGAUACUACAGCAACCCAGGCCGAUGCCUCAGCAACCCAGUCUGCCAGUUUGACAACACCUCAGACAGCUGCUGCUCCAGUCACCCCAGAAGUUUCAGCCACCCAGACCGCUGCCUACACCAACACCGAAACCUGCACAGAUGACGGCAGAUGCAAAUCAUAUACCGCUGACCGCUGUUCUGAUCCAUGGCUGACGAGUAACUGCAAGAGCAUGUGUAAACUCUGUUAAAUAAAAAGAUUUUAGACACGACUGCCAACUACGAGCAGUCAUGUGAUCCACCAGAAGCAAUAAAGCCCAGAUUUGUAGAUAACAAAUACUCUAUACAGUAGUCAAGUCUCCCUGUCAACUCAAGUUUUAAUCUCAUUUCACAAAGCUGCUGUGGGGAUUUCGAUUUCGAUGAAAUAAUUAGAUUUUACUUUGAUUCCCUUCCUUGGAAGGUUAGGUGCGGUUUGUUUUUCUUAGUUCAUUGGAUUAUAAUGUAUACCGUUGGCCGAUAAAUCAACGCUUAGGUGCCCCAUUAUUCUACUUUAACAUAAAUAAAAUGUAGAAUUCAAAACGAGGCCAUCAUUAAUCGAGCACAAGCUAUUCUAUGAAUGCUAUAUUUUUGGAUUUGUGAAAGUCUUUAUUGCUUGUGAAAUACACGCUUAUUCUUUAAAUAAAAGAUCGUCCUAUA